GGAGUUGUUACGCGAUCAUCACAUCGACAGUUUCGAACAAUUCCUCUUUCCCGAACUUAUGAACAUCCGCGACGUGCUUGGAUUAGGGAUCUCUUGGGGGAUGGCUAUGAAAUUAUUUGCACAAAGUUGUCUUUUUUAUAAACAAAUCAAGAAAGAGAUUUCCACCUGUAAUCGUAUCAGCGCGCGCGAAGGUCCAUACCACCUUUUGAAGAAAGGGGCCACCUCAGGAGCCAGCGAAUCCAGUUCGAAUGCGCCUCAAGCUGGACCUAGCCAACUGCCCUACACGGGGCCACCUCAAGGUUCUGGUGCAGACUCUGUGCUUUAAACAGCUUGUCGCCAGUAUUGAAAGCGCUCUUUCAACAAGAUCUUUCACAAUUUAGGUUGUAUGAUUUCAUGUUAUUUUGGAUUGUGAGCUAUGAUGUUGUGCAACUUAUGCCUACCAACUUGUGUGUGCGCGCUCUUGUGAGCAUUUGUGGAUUUGUAAGACCUUGGUCUUUGUACAGGCAAUAUGCUAAUUGAAUAACAAUUAUGUUUGAUUUUGCCCCC